CACAUCCAUUAAUGGCGGAUAGAGUUUUAUGGGUCAUUUGACGGAGAGAACUCUCCUCGUCACUAAUUGUGUACACGACGAUGAUCGUGCAAGAGCGAAGCGAUAAGUCUCUUUCUGUAGCACGAAUCAAUUUCUUUUAAGAUUUAGGGUUUCUUAACCCUUUUAUAGAGAAAUGGAUAUUAAUGGGAUUACCAACGGAUGGAGAACUUUUGCAACUUCAGAAAGCCAUGGAUCUUUCCUGGGUUUGCCAAGAUCCUACCCUAACACCAUCCUCAGGGAGAGAAUUCAUAUGGGGAAUGGUUAUAGUGGCAAAAGAGCUUUGGUGAUUUCUAAUUCAAAGAAAGCGAAUCUCUCUGCUUCCUCCAAGCAGAGAAUCAAUCUACAGAUUAAUGAAGAAAAGGAGCUUACUUUCACUGAGUUCUUGAAACACCCAUCUGGCAUGGAGGCUGUAAUCAACGCUAAGGCUUUGCAGAGUUAUCAUCUAGUUGAGGAUAGUGAUGAUACUUACAGAUGUACAUUGCCAAAAGUUCAGUUAAUGAGCUAUGAAGUUUAUCCAGUACUGAUUUUGAGGGUCACUCCCACACAGGAAGAUUGUACAGUUGAGCUGCUUUCCUGCAAGGUGGAGGGUUCAGAGUUGUUGGAGAGCCAAAGUGAAAGGUUUUCAGCAAAUAUGACAAACUGCAUGACUUGGAACAUGGAAGAUCCAGACCCAUUUUUGGAGGUUGACGUGAGAUUAAAUGUCACUCUAGAGAUCUCAACGCGACCGUUCACUAUGCUUCCUGUAUCAGCUGUUGAGGCUCCUGGGAAUCUAGUAAUGCAGACUCUGGUAGAUACACUCGUUCCCCUUAUGCUUCAGCAAUUACUUAAAGAUUACGACGAAUGGAUUCAAAAACAGCAGCAAAACUCCUUAAACGCAACUUCUUAAUCUAUGAACGAUGUUUUGUCAAACAGAAGAUGCAGGAUUUGUUGUACUGUUUUUGGCCGUUUGAGAUGACAGCAUGUAUUAGAAUUAGAAAUAGCUCUGUAUUAAAAGUUGAACAAAAUUACUGCAAAAAGUAAACAUUUAUAAGCUCAAAAGGGAGAUUUGGUUCACUUGUAAACUUUGGCCGUUUGAGAUGACAGGCGUGUGUAAUAGAGAUAACUCUGUAUUAAAAGUGCAAUGAAAAAAAUACCAACAUUAAUAAGGUCAAAA